CUAACCAGCGCUGUGUAUAACGUGCGAUGGAUUUCGAGAUAGUGAGAUCUUCUGUGCUGAAAUUGGUUCAAGAAUCAAAAAACAAAGGGAACUUUUCCCUGAACCGUUUGGCUGAACAUGUAUAUUCUAUGUUACAAUCCGAGUUAUUGGUCAGAUGUUAUGAUAUUGUAAACAUUGUUAAUCGUCCUUCUAUUUUGGACGAGUUGGACAGUUACAUACCUUAUGCGAACAUCAAUGAAGUUCAAACAGGCUUACCUCCAUUCUCAAUGGAUCAACUUAAAAAAAGAAUCACUGGCUUACAUUUACCGUACGGUACAGGUAUAUUCACUAUCCAGUUGCCUGAUUAUCAACCUCGAUUUGGAUAUCGAAGGUCAGGUAUUGUUCUUCGGCAAGCAGUUAUUAAAGGGGAAGUGGAAAAUUUAUUUGUUUCAGGAGUUGAACAUGGCAGUCCAGCAAGCAAUUUAUUGUACGAUUUGAAUGUUGCCAAUUAAAUAAACAAAUGAUAACUUAUUUAAAUGACUAACAAUAAUUAAUUAAUCGCUUUCAACAACUUUACAUUCAAAUAGAAUGAUCAUAAAAUUAGAAAACAGAAUUUCCAAGAGUCAGAUCAAUGGUUUCAGUUUAUUGUUUAAAUAUCUUAACAAUAUUUAAUUUCAUAGAUAUUAUAUUCAAUCAAGAUAUGUGUUACAUCCAAAGGAGAAUAAAUGAAUGGACUAAUAAUAUUAUACGUAUAUUCCUAUUGUAUGACUAUUAAGUAACUGCAUUACAUGCAUAUUCAUAUUCCUUCCAUAAUAAGCUUUUAUUUGACGUGUUGAUUAUUAUCAUCAUACUAUUUACCAUUCUUGUGAUAUUCCCGAUUUAUAAAUAUUGUUUCCUCACAGUCAGCCACUUUUGGCUUGAUCUUGUACAAAUGUUAUUUUUUACUUUAUGAUGUGAUGUGGUCUGAUUUUACUUGUAUAUAUUAACCAUGUAUGUUUGAAAUAUAUAAUUCGU